GCCCAGCGUCCCCCGGCGGUAGCCCUGCCGUUGCCUGUGCGCGCGCUAGGUCAAUAAGUUGUGCUCGUAGCCCGAGCCGACUUGUGACGCCGCCGGCGCCUUCGCCUGCGGUUGCGACAAAAAAACCCCACCAGUUCCGUAGCCUUGGCUCAAGGUCAAGGGGUGAUACUGGCGGCAGGCGUUUUCGGGCUUGCUCUUGCACGCGUUACAUGAAAAGUUAGUUUACGCACGCGCGCAGCCAGCGUCUCGUUCGGCAUGAUGGCGCGCAGCUUGGCCGCACUGGCUGUCGUCUACAUCGCGGACGCCUUGCUAAUCAUGGAGCCGCCACUCCGGGAGCCUCCGUUUGACCACGCGAGGUGCACCACAGUGCUGAGGGAACGCGGCGUGCCGUUCUCGCUGCGGGACGCGCGCGGCAAGGACCUUGUCGCGGAGGCCGCGCGCCUCCGCCGCUCCCGCGACCGCCGGGGCCCGUGCCGCCGCCCGAGCCGCUGGUGAUGAAGACCGUUGCGCUACACCUGCGGCUGCAGCGCGCUCCGUCGGCCUUCACCAGCACGGCGGCGAUCGUCAAUGGCAAGGGUGAGCCGGUUUCCAGGCUCGCGGUGACCGAGCAGCCAGUCUUCCGCUGUGAGAAUCAUGGCGCCGUGCUGGUGGGCGUGAGCGGCGCGUUCAGGGGCGGCCUGAGGGUGAACGGGAGCACCCUGGAGUUCGAUGCGGACCCCGCCAACAGGACGCCCAAUCUGCGCGACGUCGUCGCUCAACGGCCAGAGUCGUUGGAGGACUACGGCCUAGUCGACUGCCAGAAGGGCCCCAGACCCCCGCAGCCUUAGCCGGACGGGCCCCAGACCCCCCUGGCCAUAGCCUCCAGAGGCUUACCCUCGCGGGCUCAAAAGAGCCCCCAGCCCUAGCCGGACGGGCCUCGGGCUGCUUCUGCCUCAGCCGGGCGGGCCCCAGAGCUCCCCAGCCUCAGCCGGACGCGCUGCAGAGCCCUCAGCCUCUUGGCCGGACGGGCCGCCUUCAUCCCCCAG